AGAUUCUCCUUUGGCUGCUUACACAGGAAACCAAGGCGGGGAGUGCCACGGGUGAUCUCAUGCUGGCAUGACGUCAAGAACCCUUGACGUCAGAAGGCGGUUGCCACGGACACCGUUCGCCACCGACGGCAGAGUCGUGAAACCCCAUCACUACCACACUCGUCUCCGUUUCGGCCUCUGCAGGGUGUAAGCUGCUAAAGCAGCUUCAACCUUAAGGGGGCCUCAGGGAGAGAGUUGUGCUGCUGCCGCCGAGAGCUCCACCUCCGUGGCUCUGGGUCCGGGGCCCCGGCCUGUGGCGGCGAGCGGCGGCCGCUGGAGACGAGCGGCGGCUGCAGGCGGCCCGCCCGGGUCUAUCUCGCUCCGUGCAGGGCCGGGAGAGGGAUCCGCCAUAUUGGAGCCGGGGCCGGAGGUGCCUUGGAGCCGCGGCGCGAGGCUGGUGGAGGUGGCGGCCCUGGUCUGGAUCGGGGAGGAGUCGGCUCUGCCCUGGCCCGCAAGGCUGAGGAGCUAAUGAGGCGCUUCGGCUAGUCUCCUCCCCGCCCACUCCCUCCACUUUCUGCCGCCGGGACCCGGCUGGGAGCCGGCUGUGGCAGUGGCAGUGGCAGUGGCAGCGGCAGGAUGUUCUCCAAGAAGCCGCACGGGGACGUGAAGAAGUCCACCCAGAAGGUGCUGGACACCAAGAAGGACGCACUGACUCGCCUCAAGCACCUGCGCAUCGUCAUCGAGAAUGCAGAAUCUAUUGAUCUUAAACAGUUUUUCGACCAACAUUUUUCACAUAUAUACUAUGUGUUCUUUGAAAAUUUUGUGACUAUUGAAGCUAGUCUUAAACAGAAAGGUCACAAGUCUCAAAGAGAGGAAUUGGAUGCUAUACUUUUUAUUUUUGAGAAAAUUUUACAACUUCUUCCAGAAAGAAUUCAUCAGCGAUGGCAGUUUCAUAGUAUUGGUUUGAUUUUAAAGAAACUACUUCACACAGGAAACUCCUUAAAGAUUAGGCGAGAAGGUGUUCGUCUUUUCUUACUGUGGUUGCAAGCUCUUCAGAAUAACUGUAGCAAAGAACAGCUCUGGAUGUUUUCAUGCUUAAUCCCUGGAUUUUCAGCACCACAGUCUGAACAUGGACCUCGAACUUUAGAUAAUCUCAUUAAUCCUCCACUCAACCUUCAAGAAACUCAAGUCACUAUAGAAGAAAUCACUCCUCUUGUCCCCCCACAAUCAGGAGAUAAAGGGCAAGAAGAUCUCACAAGUUAUUUUCUUGAAGCACUUCUAAAAUACAUAGUAAUUCAGGUAAAAAGUUUAGAAUGGAAGAACAAAGAAAACCAAGAAAGGGGAUUUUCAUUUUUGUUUUCACAUUUUAAGAAAUACUACUUGCCUUAUAUUUUUCCAAACAUCUGUAAGGAAAACAGUUUAUAUCAUCCUAUACUUGACAUCCCACAGAUGAGACCAAAGCCACAUUAUGUCAUAAUAAAGAAAGAUGCUGAAACCAAUGAAGCAAUCUAUUGUACAAAGGAGCCUUUCAUUAAGGCUCGUGUUAUUGUCAUUCGUUGGCUGGUUUCUUUCUGGCUGGAGCCAAAACCACAUACAGGACCUCAUAUUCCUGGGAUGGAAGGUGAAGUCUUGCCAAAGAAUAUUCAGAGAGCAGCUGCUAGUUUAGUAUCCAGAGAAGAAAGCAAAAAUGAUAAUGCUGAUAAAGCAGACAGAACUACAGAACCCGAACAGUCUCAUUCCAAUACAAGCACUCUCACGGAGCGAGAACCUAGCUCAUCUAGUCUCUGUAGUAUUGAUGAAGAACAUCUCACAGACAUUGAAAUAGUUCGCAGAGUUUUUUCUUCUAAAAGAAGUAAUGUAAACUUUGUGACAGAGAUAUUUCGUCAGGCAUUUUUAUUACCAAUUUGUGAAGCAGCAGCUAUGAGAAAAGUGGUAAAAGUGUAUCAAGAAUGGAUCCAACAAGAGGAAAAACCCUUGUUCAUGCAAGAGCCUGAAGAAAUUGGGAUCACUUCUUCAGACCUCCCUUGCAUUGAAAAUGUCACAGACCAUGAUACUUCAAUGGAGGAAGGAGAAAAAAGAGAAGAGGAAAAUGGGACCAAUACUGCUGAUCUUGUUCGAAAUUCCAGUUGGGCAAAAAAUGGCUCCUACCAAGGUGCUCUUCAUAACGCCUCUGAAGAAGCCACAGAACAAAACAUACGAGCUGGUACCCAGGCAGUUUUGCAGGUGUUUAUUAUAAACUCAUCAAAUAUAUUUCUUCUUGAACCUGCAAAUGAAAUUAAAAAUCUUCUGGAUGAGCACACAGAUAUGUGUAAACGCAUUCUUAACAUUUAUCGGUACAUGGUUGUACAAGUAUCAAUGGACAAAAAGACUUGGGAACAGAUGCUGCUUGUGUUGCUCAGAGUCACGGAGUCUGUACUGAAGAUGCCAUCACAAGCUUUUCUACAGUUCCAAGGGAAAAAAAAUAUGACCUUGGCAGGUCGACUUGCAGGACCACUUUUCCAGACCCUUAUAGUUGCCUGGAUCAAAGCAAACCUAAAUGUGUACAUCUCCCGAGAACUUUGGGAUGACUUACUGUCAGUACUGUCAUCGUUGACCUAUUGGGAAGAGUUGGCCACUGAGUGGUCACUGACUAUGGAGACAUUAACUAAAGUUUUAGCUAGGAAUUUAUAUAGUUUGGAUCUCAGUGAUUUACCAUUGGAUAAGCUGAGUGAACAGAAACAAAAAAAGCACAAAGGGAAAGGAGUUGGACAUGAAUUUCAGAAAGUUUCAGUUGACAAGUCAUUUUCUAGAGGAUGGAGUCGUGAUCAGCCUGGCCAAGCCCCAAUGAGACAGAGGAGUGCAACAACCACUGGUUCUCCAGGAACCGAAAAGGCGAGAAGUAUAGUACGGCAAAAAACUGUUGCCAUGAGAAGCCGAUCCAUUGGUGAAUGUGCUCUGCCAUCGGCCUAUAUACGCAGUGCUAAAAGUGCUCCUGUUCUGAUCCAUACUUCCAAACCCUUCUUGCCUGAUAUUGUUCUCACUCCCCUUUCUGAUGAGCUUUCAGAUAUUGAUGAUACUCAAAUACUUCCCCGCUCAACUAGAGUCAGACAUUUUUCACAAAGUGAAGAAACUGGAAAUGAAGUUUUUGGUGCUUUGAAUGAGGAGCAGCCAUUGCCUCGAAGUAGCAGCACUUCUGACAUCUUGGAACCAUUCACUGUUGAACGAGCCAAAGUCAAUAAAGAGGACAUGAGCCAAAAACUGCCUCCUCUUAAUAGUGAUAUUGGCAGCAGCAGUGCUAAUGUUCCUGAUCUGAUGGAUGAGUUUAUAGCAGAAAGACUUCGAAGUGGUAAUACCUCGACUAUGACAAGAAGAGGAAGUAGUCCAGGCAGCCUUGAAAUUCCCAAAGACCUCCCUGAUAUUCUAAACAAGCAGAACCAGAUGCGCCCUGUUGAUGACCCGGGUGUGCCCUCAGAAUGGACUUCUCCUGCCAGUGCAGGGAGCAGUGAUCUUAUCAGCUCAGAUAGUCAUUCGGAUUCUUUCAGCGCUUUCCAAUAUGAUGGCCGAAAAUUUGACAAUUUUGGCUUUGGAGCUGACACUGGGGUUACGUCCUCUGCUGAUGUGGAUUCAGGUUCUGGCCAUCACCAGAGUGCUGAAGAGCAGGAAGUGGCUAGUCUAACUACUCUUCAUAUAGAUUCUGAAACAAGCAGUCUUAAUCAGCAAGCUUUCUCUGCUGAAGUUGCAACUAUCACUGGUUCAGAAAGUGCUUCCCCAGUCCAUUCACCUCUGGGCUCCAGGUCACAGACGCCUUCCCCUUCUACGUUGAAUAUAGAUCACAUGGAACAGAAGGAUCUGCAGCUCGAUGAGAAGCUCCACCACUCUGUUCUUCAGACACCAGAUGAUCUAGAAAUUAGUGAAUUUCCAUCAGAAUGUUGUAGUGUGAUGGCAGGAGGUACUCUGACUGGAUGGCAUGCUGAUGUUGCUACUGUAAUGUGGCGAAGAAUGCUAGGCAUUUUGGGAGAUGUAAAUUCAAUCAUGGAUCCUGAAAUACAUGCUCAAGUUUUUGAUUACCUCUGUGAACUUUGGCAGAAUCUAGCUAAGAUUAGAGAUAACCUUGGCAUUUCAACUGAUAAUCUGACCUCCCCUUCUCCACCAGUUUUAAUUCCUCCACUGAGAAUUCUCACACCUUGGCUUUUUAAGGCAACCAUGUUGACUGACAAAUAUAAACAAGGUAAAUUACAUGCAUAUAAACUUAUUUGUAAUACAAUGAAAAGAAGACAAGAUGUUUCUCCAAAUAGAGAUUUUUUAACACAUUUCUACAAUAUAAUGCAUUGUGGAUUACUUCAUAUUGACCAGGAUAUUGUCAAUACAAUCAUCAAACACUGCUCACCUCAGUUUUUUUCACUUGGUUUGCCUGGUGCCACAAUGCUUAUUAUGGAUUUUAUUGUAGCAGCUGGUAGAGUGGCUUCUUCAGCUUUUCUCAAUGCACCAAGAGUAGAAGCACAAGUUCUUCUGGGAUCUUUGGUUUGCUUUCCCAACUUAUGUUGUGAACUGCCUUCUCUUCAUCCCAACAUUCCUGAUGUUGCUGUGUCUCAGUUUACAGAUGUUAAGGAACUUAUAAUCAAAACUGUAUUAAGCUCGGCAAGAGAUGAGCCCUCUGGUCCUGCACGAUGUGUAGCACUUUGUAGUUUAGGUAUUUGGAUUUGUGAAGAACUAGUCCAUGAGUCUCAUCAUCCUCAAAUUAAGGAAGCUCUGAAUGUGAUUUGUGUUUCCUUAAAGUUUACUAAUAAAACAGUAGCCCAUGUGGCUUGUAACAUGCUUCACAUGCUGGUUCAUUAUGUACCUAGACUUCAGAUUUACCAGCCUGAUUCUCCCUUGAAAAUUAUUCAAAUCCUAAUAGCUACUAUCACCCAUCUUUUACCAAGUACAGAAGCUUCAUCUUAUGAAAUGGACAAGAGGUUGGUAGUAUCUUUACUUCUCUGCCUUCUGGACUGGAUCAUGGCCUUACCUCUAAAGACACUGCUCCAACCAUUUCAUGCUACGGGAGCAGAAAGUGAUAAAACAGAAAAAUCUGUUCUCAAUUGCAUUUAUAAGGUUUUACAUGGGUGUGUUUAUGGAGCUCAGUGUUUUAGCAAUCCAAGGUAUUUUCCCAUGAGCCUCUCUGAUUUGGCAUCUGUAGAUUAUGAUCCUUUUAUGCAUUUGGAAAGUCUGAAAGAGCCUGAACCUCUGCACUCUCCUGACUCAGAACGAUCUUCUAAACUCCAGCCAGUAACAGAAGUGAAAACUCAAAUGCAGCAUGGAUUAAUCUCUAUAGCAGCCCGCACUGUUAUUACACAUCUGGUAAAUCACCUGGGCCAUUAUCCAAUGAGUGGUGGUCCUGCUAUGCUAACAAGUCAGGUGUGUGAAAAUCACGACAACCAUUACAGUGAAAGUACUGAACUUUCUCCUGAACUCUUUGAGAGUCCAAAUAUCCAGUUCUUUGUGUUAAAUAAUACAACCUUAGUGUCCUGUAUCCAGAUCAGAUCAGAAGAGAAUAUGCCUGGAGGAGGUUUAUCUGCUGGCCUUGCAUCAGCCAAUUCAAAUGUCAGAAUCAUAGUACGUGAUCUCUCUGGAAAAUAUUCAUGGGAUUCUGCUAUACUGUAUGGCCCACCUCCUGUAAGUGGCUUGUCAGAACCUACAUCUUUGAUGCUUUCGUUGUCUCACCAAGAGAAUCCAGAAGAGCCUCCAACAUCUAAUGAAUGCUUAGAAGAUACAACAGUAAAAGAUGGACUUUCUCUCCAGUUUAAAAGAUUUAGAGAAACUGUACCAACUUGGGAUACAAUAAGAGAUGAAGAAGAUGUUCUUGAUGAGCUCUUGCAGUAUUUGGGUGUUACUAGUCCUGAAUGCUUACAGAGAACUGGAAUCUCACUUAAUAUUCCUGCUCCACAACCUGUGUGCAUUUCUGAAAAACAAGAAAAUGAUGUUAUUAAUGCUAUCCUUAAGCAACAUACAGAAGAAAAAGAAUUUGUUGAGAAGCACUUUAAUGACUUAAACAUGAAAGCUGUGGAACAAGAUGAACCAAUACCUCAGAAACCUCAGUCAGCAUUUUAUUAUUGCAGAUUGCUUCUUAGUAUAUUGGGAAUGAAUUCCUGGGACAAACGGAGGAGCUUUCAUCUCCUGAAGAAAAAUGAAAAGCUACUUAGAGAACUUAGAAACUUGGAUUCAAGGCAGUGCCGAGAGACACACAAGAUUGCAGUAUUUUAUGUUGCUGAAGGACAAGAAGACAAACACUCCAUUCUCACCAAUACAGGAGGAAGUCAAGCAUAUGAAGAUUUUGUAGCUGGUCUUGGUUGGGAG